CUAACUGGUUGUAACUUUACCUCGCUUGGGACAUUAGCUUGAUUUUUUCAUUGUUUUUCUGUCUUUUCUGUGAACUGUGUGCACUCUGUGCAUGGAAGCUGCCGGUCCCAUAUGGCUUGUUACUAUAUCGUGAUCAGCUCCACACACCUCAGCAAUGGUCACUUUCGAAACAUCAAGGGAGUUUUCAGAGGCCCUCUCAGCAAGAAUGAAAACAAAAACCUGGAUUAUGCAGACAAGGAAAAAACAAUCGCAAAAGCUCUUGAAGACCUGAGAGCCAACUUCUACUGUGAACUCUGUGACAAGCAAUAUUACAAGCACCAGGAGUUUGACAACCACAUCAACUCAUAUGAUCAUGCACACAAGCAGAGAUUAAAGGAGCUGAAGCAAAGAGAGUUUGCUCGGAAUGUAGCCUCAAAAUCAAGAAAAGAUGAAAAGAAGCAGGAGAAAGCUUUAAAACGUUUACAUGAGCUGGCAGAACAACGCAAAGAAGUGCGAUGUGCCUCUGGAAGUGGGCCAAUGUUUAGGUCAACAACUGUUGCCAUUGAAGAUGCCUCCAAGCAAGCACCAACACAUAUUGAUAAUACAACAGAAGGAAUCGAACCUACUGCGGCAUAUGUGUCACACACAGUAAAGGACUUGCAGGUAGUGCUCCCCAGCCAUCAUGGACGGAUUGAUAGGCCUUUUGACAGCAAAGUAAAAAAACAAAUCUAUGGACAAAAAAUUGGAUUUUCAUUUUCAUUUCCAAAGAAAGCAUCUGUCAAACUAGAGUCUUCAGCUGCUGUGUUCUGUGAGAACAUAGAGGAAGGAUCAACGGCACUGGGAUUUAGACAGAAAAACAGAGCCAUCCCAGGUGACUGGAAUCAUCCAGGUACUCCUCUGACAGAAAGAGAACUAAAUUCUGAAGAGAGACAUUGCAACACUGGCACCCAGGAGAAAAGUGUUAUCAGCAAAUGUACAGCUCCAAAUGCGCAGCUCCAAAGAUCAUGUUAUGUGCCUGCUAAUGAAAAUAACACGGGUGCAGAUACAAGUUUGUGUUCAAUGCUGACUUACUCUGAGGAUCUAAGCCAGUCUUUCUCUGAAUUGCCAACGUCAACAAAAGAUACUGUAAUAGACAUAGAACACUCUUCUGAUUUUCAUGACAGUGAAGCAAGAGAAAGCCCAACUGAAACAGGUGUCCAUGUUAGAGAAAAGUCCAAAAUGGAUGUAACCAUUUCAGAAGAUGAUAGAUAUCCUGCAGGAAAUAGCCCACAACCUGGUGAUGAAAGAAGGAUUUUUUUGGAGGUAGAUUCCUUCCAAAUCAUGGAAAAAGACACUGACGCAGCAAAUAAGAAUCUAUGCAUAUUCAUAAAGCCAAGUAAACCUUUUGUUCCAGUCUUGGGCAAAGAUGGAUCAACAGUACUUCAAUGGCCUUCAGAGAUGCUGAUGUAUACAAAAACCGAAAAAUCUCUAUCCUACUGCUGUAAUCCCCUCUAUUUUGACUUUAAAUCAUCAAGGAAUAAAACUGAGUCAAAAAAAAGCAAAUUUAAUGCAAAUGAAGCUCAUGUUCUUCAGGCUGCAGCUGAAGAAGCUCAGAGAACCAAUAAUGCUUAUGUAAGCACAUAUGUUGUUCAUGGAGAAGAAGCACCCAACUGUAAUAGUGAGUCCACACAUGGCCUCAGUCACAGUCCUAUACAAAAAAAUACUGAUUUUACCAGAGACAAUCUAGACCUUCAGGAGCUAAGUGAGGAGUCAUUGCUUACAUUCAAAAAUAGCGAUGAGGCAAAUGACAGACUCAUAAGUGCAGCUGACAGGUCUGAAAAACUAAAAAAGCACAAAAAAUUGAGAAAAUGUUCAAAAAAUUGGAAUAAUGUGGGUAGAAAAGAGCAGGAGAAAAGCAGAGACUGUGGUGAUAGACAUGACUGCAGGAGCAGAAAAGAAAGAAGGAAAAGAAAGAGAUCCCAAAAUCAUGAUGAUGAAACUCAAAAGGAAGCCAAUGAAAAUGGGACCAAUUCUAAGGACUUUCUGAAACAGACAAAAUGUAAGGAAGAGGGUGUUGACAAAUUUGGAGGGGACACAGCUGAACAAACUCAAUCAUUAGAAGAGUCAAAGCAAUCAAAUCAAAAUCAAGAACAAAAUGACAGCAGCAAAGCAAAGAACAUAGCAAGAAGGCAGCCAAGAACAGCAGGUAUCUUAAACAGCACAGCAGAGGCUGCAACACUUCUUAAUGAAAAUGGCUCUGAUUAUGAAGUGGUACUCAGGAGCAGUGAAAGAAAUCUAUAUAAUCCAUCAAUAGAACAAAUGAACUCAACAGGACACUGCUCCCUGUGCUAUGACAUGCCUUACUCUCAGAACACAUGUAUUACAGAUAGAAGGUCAGUCUCAGAUCAUAAGAUAUCCGAACAUUUUAGUGAUGAGAAAUUCUUGUAUCAAAGCCAAUUAUUAAAAAGAAGGCAUGGAUCUCAAAAUGAACAAGAGGUAUCCAUUCCUAAACGCAGUGCAAACUGUCCUUCAUCAGGAAAUGAUUCAUGCAGGCUCAAAAGAUCAAUAAAGUGGUGGAAACGAGAGAGCUCUACACAUUUGGGCUGUAAGCCAAGUAGAAAGAGGAAAAGAAGGAGAAAGGCUUACACAGGAAAUCGGGGUUUUGUCUUCAACUGGAAAAUGAAUAACAAAGAUGCAUUUAAACCUAGUCUCUGUGUAGAUUUAUCUGAAGAGACUCCCAAACAUGACAACAGAUUAGCAAAUGCUUUUCCGAACCAAGUUCUAAAAGAGGGGUCUGAGCAUCCUGGUGAAGUCGUUGACAUAAUGAAUAGUCUAGAAAAUGCAAAUCAUUUGGUACAUCAAGCACCCACUCACAGUUUUCUAUUAAGAACACAGGAGCAUCCAAUUGCAAGAUUUUUAGACUGGACAAGUAACACAAACCCAGAUAAGGGGUUUUUACAUCCACGGUUUAGUCUAACCGAAAGUGCCACCAUCUCAAAUGAAGUUGUGCCUGAGAGAGAGAUUCAUCAAUCUGAGAGCUGGAACAUUGCUGAAGUUAAUAAAACAACUCAUGUGCAUCAGACUGCAAAGGCAAACUUACGAACCGGGAAAGACACUGCCACAUCCCAAAUGACAACUCAUUUUUGUCGAUAUGAUGUCAAACAAGCAAAAGAAUAUGAUACUGUAAACAUAGGACCCAGCAAUUUAUUUCAAUACCACCCAAACACCGAGCAUCACAGUAAUCUAGAUCACUUCAGGGUUCAAGAUGCAAAACUAAGAAGCCAAGAAGGUUUGAGGUCAGAGCACUUAAUUGGGUCUUUCUCUGCACCUCAAGAAGCAUUAUUGUUAGCCCCCAAUGAGAUUGAUAAAUAUAAAACACACAUGCACAUGUUGCAUCAGCAGACAUUUUCAAGCAAGUUAAAACCAGCCUUGUCUACACCACCCCUUUCUGUACCAUCCCCUGCCACUCUGCAUCCUCUACACAUGCAACAGGCGAUGUCAUCAACAUCCAUCACAAUCCAGCACACCAUCCUUCAACACCAUGCUGCUGCACUUGCAGCUACACGUUCCUUCUUUCAGCCACACCCACAGCUCUAUCCACAGGUCAUCCCAUUUUCUCGACCACCUCUGCCUCAAAUGACUCUGGCUCCAGGAAUGUGUCCAGAAAACUACCCCAGCUUUAUUCCCACUUCUCAACUACCAAUGGCAGACUGCCUGCGGCUCCCACCUUCACCACCAGAGGGAGACUGCCUGCAGCUCCAACCGUCACCACAAGAGGAAGGACCAGGACGAUCCUGGCAUUCCUCAACAGCCAUUGCAAAUGUAGCCACUGCCAGAGUCGUCAAUCCCAGCACCAUCACUGGUCCUGAUUGCAUCACUAGGAGGAGAAGUGGAGCUCUUGAUGCCGCCUUAUUGGCCAGGAGCUCCCCUCAUGCCGUCACCUACCAAGGGUCCGCACCUGCCGUCGCCUUACGAGGUUCUGCUGCUGCCGUCGCCUUCGGAGGGACCACUCCUGCCCUGCCGACAAUGCAACGCCUAGGGCUGCCGACAAUGCAAUGA